AUGGCCGAGAUGUAUGUUGUGAAGUUUGAUGAAGAGUUGGCGAAAGCUCAGAAUGUGAAGCCGACUGAGAUGCUGGAUCUGUUGCCGGAUUUUGAUGAAUCGCUAUAUCCACAUGGUCCUCCCGGUCAUUUUUCUCGGCUGGACCAAGUUUUAUGGUGGGUAACGCCACACUCCAUUGGUAUAUACAGCUCCAGCAACGUCUUCUGCUUCCAUUGGGGUUUGAUGACUCCCACUCUGCUGGAUGUGGCAGUGAUAACGGGAGUACCGGUAAUUGCGGAUGUCAACAUUGAUGGAGACAGUGAAGGACCCGAAGCAGCCAAGGCUGGUGAAUUGCAACAGAGACGCCAUGGUGGGUACAUUAAAGAAAAUAUGCAUAAGGAUGGCGAUGAUCUACUACAACAUAUCCGGUUCCUUCCAUUGUGGCUGAAUCGUUACAUCAUUUGUGGUAAGUCAUUCCAAAUGACUCAAGAUAUGUAUCAUAUGACUGCUAUACUUGCUACUGGAAAAUCCAUUAAUAUGUGUGAAAUUAUGUUAGCAAUACUAUUUCAUAGUAUGCAGGAGAUUAGUAAGGCAGCUAGGGUUAGUGCAAGGUAUCCUUUCUUUGAUGUAGCUUUCAGAAACACUUGGCAAUCUGGGAGAGAAAAGAUGACCGUGCUUGAUUACUAUGAACGAAAAGAGAUGAUGAACAGCAGCUGUCGCUCUGGGAAGAUUGUGCCGUUUGAAAUAGUUCCUGAAGUGUCUGGUGGCUUUCUAAUCUGCAUCAUUGGGGCAAACGCCAGUGACAAUCGGAGGAAAGAAAAAGACAAAAGAAAGAAGGCAGCAGAUCCCACACUACCGGUGAAGCGUCGAAAGUACGUCCGGUUAACAGGUCAGAGGAAAACAUCUAGUAACAAUUCCAAGCAGAAAUGCAUAGAAACCAUUGACUUAUCAGCGGAAGAAUCAGAUGCGAGUGGGAACAAACAAACCUUAGAAUCACUGGAAGAAGAUGCAGGUAGCAGCCCAGAGCAACAUGCGUCGCCUCCAUCAAAACAAAAGUGUGCCGCAUCAGUGAUUCCAUCUGUGGAAGAAUUGCAGCAACGCCUGUCCAAGAAAGUGGAUGAUCCUGAGCCUGAGGUGAAAACAAGUGGCAAGCCGGCGCAAUCUGUAGGAGCUGCAUUGAGGGUGUUGCAAGGCCUGUACAAAAUAAGUGCUGAACAGGUACAUGCUCGUUAUCAUCAACCUCUGAAAGAAGCACUAGGGACCAUCUGUGAGAGUGAUUUGCAAGGGGCAGUUAAGGCAACAGUUGGUUUAUUCCUAGCUAAUUUUGAGCAAAGGAAAAUCAGUUGUGAAAUCUGUGUAAAGCACGUAGAGGAUUAUAAUCACUCAGCAAUGGCGCAUCAAAAGGCAGAAGAAAUAACCAAGGCACCAGUAAAACAGGCUGUUGCAACCACAGCACAGGCAAAGAAUCUGGCAGAGAAACAGGCUGCACUUGAAUUAGAGUUAAGUUCAAUCUGA